AAAGCUUUUUAAUUUGGUAACGAGGCUUUCAGCUCAGGCUCUUCCUUUUUAAACUUGAUCGCCUUACUGUGUGGUUGCAGUUUGUUUCCGUUGCUUACAUAGUGUUCCUAUAAGUUAGGUCCUCCGUUAACUGUUGCAUUUAUUUUUAUUCCAAACAGUUCAAAAUGGGUAAAGAAAAGACUCAUAUUAAUAUUGUCGUAAUUGGACACGUAGAUUCUGGUAAAUCUACAACCACAGGUCACUUGAUCUACAAAUGCGGUGGUAUCGACAAACGUACCAUCGAAAAGUUCGAGAAAGAAGCCCAGGAAAUGGGAAAGGGUUCUUUCAAAUAUGCGUGGGUACUUGACAAACUUAAGGCUGAACGUGAACGUGGUAUCACAAUCGAUAUUGCUUUAUGGAAAUUCGAAACCUCCAAAUACUAUGUGACCAUUAUUGACGCCCCUGGACACAGAGAUUUUAUCAAAAACAUGAUCACAGGUACAUCUCAGGCAGAUUGUGCCGUGUUGAUUGUAGCUGCAGGUACUGGUGAAUUUGAAGCCGGUAUCUCGAAGAAUGGACAAACUCGUGAGCAUGCUCUGCUCGCCUUCACAUUGGGAGUAAAACAGCUCAUCGUUGGUGUGAACAAAAUGGACUCCACUGAACCACCGUACAGCGAAUCUCGUUUCGAAGAAAUCAAGAAGGAAGUAUCGUCAUACAUUAAAAAAAUUGGUUACAACCCUGCAGCUGUAGCUUUUGUGCCUAUCUCUGGAUGGCAUGGAGACAACAUGUUGGAACCUUCCACCAAAAUGCCAUGGUUCAAGGGAUGGGCUAUUGAACGUAAAGAAGGAAAGGCUGAUGGUAAAUGUUUGAUUGAAGCUCUUGACGCUAUUCUUCCCCCAUCUCGUCCUACUGAGAAACCUCUUCGUCUUCCACUUCAGGAUGUCUACAAAAUUGGUGGUAUUGGAACAGUACCAGUAGGUCGUGUUGAAACUGGAGUUUUGAAACCAGGUACUGUUGUUGUCUUUGCCCCAGCUAACAUCACUACUGAAGUCAAGUCUGUGGAGAUGCACCACGAAGCCCUUCAGGAAGCUGUACCCGGUGAUAACGUUGGUUUCAACGUUAAGAACGUAUCUGUAAAAGAAUUGCGUCGUGGAUACGUCGCUGGUGACUCCAAGAACAACCCACCCAGAGGUGCUUCAGACUUCACUGCUCAAGUAAUCGUAUUGAACCACCCUGGUCAAAUUAGCAACGGAUACACCCCAGUUUUGGAUUGCCACACAGCUCACAUUGCCUGUAAAUUUGCCGAAAUCAAAGAGAAAGUUGACCGUCGUUCUGGUAAGACCACAGAAGAAAACCCCAAGGCUAUCAAAUCUGGAGAUGCUGCCAUUGUUAACUUGGUACCAUCCAAGCCUAUGUGUGUAGAAUCUUUCCAGGAAUUCCCUCCUCUAGGACGUUUCGCUGUCCGUGACAUGAGGCAAACAGUUGCUGUAGGAGUUAUCAAAAGUGUUAGUUUCAAGGAAGGUGGAGCUGGCAAAGUCACGAAAGCUGCCGAAAAAGCAACAAAGAAGAAGUAGUUCAGUUUUUUCGAAUAUUUUAAAAAUAUUUCAUACUACAUUUUGCAAUAAAACUGGAGUUAUUUUAUAUUUAAUGACUUUGUGAUCUUAGCUCUCCAAAUUAAAACCUUAUAAAACCUA